AUGGCAGCCGUAUCACAGCCAGUACAGAAUUUUUUGGUACUUCCCUUAGCUAGUAUCAAGGAAAAUAAUGAAAAGACCGAGAAUGCUAUCGAGACGCCCGAAAGCCAGUGGCUUCAUUUUCAGGAAUAUCCACCUGUUUGGCCUGGUUAUACGUGGCCUAGUCUCGGAUGGCCUCCUACUCCGUUGAAUACAUGGUGGCCAGACUUUGAUCCUAAUGAUUUCUUACCAGAAGGAGUGAAACUGGAUGACUUGUUUGAUAAUUUGGACAAGGAACCGAACACCAUUAAAGAUACUACAAUGCAAACUAGUUCCACCAUUACACCAACGUUACCGAACAACAAUUUGAACACAAUACCUACUACAAGACCAGCUCAAGAUUUAAUGAGUCUCAAAAUAACCCAUUGGCGAACCGAAUUGUCAGUCUCAAAAGAAACAACUACGACCAAAUUCAGGCCGGAACAUUACAGUAAUUUAGUAGAAUCGGCUGAAUCACCAACAACAAGAACCCCACCAUCUGACUACUAUCAAGAUACAACAACAAGAACCAAGCCAACUGACAACUAUAAAGAUACAACAACAAGAACCAAGCCACCUGACAACUAUAAACAUACAACAACAAGAACCAAGCCACCUGACAACUAUAAACAUACAACAACAAGAACCAAGCCACCUGACAACUAUAAAAGUACAACAAAAAGGUCGGUCAAAUGCCAGUCAACACCGAAAUGUGCCCCGAGAAAAACAACAUUUGUACCAGAAUUUUUAUCAUCAUAUGAAGCAUUCGACUGA